AUGUCCUCACCAUUCAAUAAAAUUCCCUAUGUUCAAUACGUAAAGGAAUUCUUAAUAGUAAACAAUAGCUUCGAUCAAGAGAGCACUGCUACUUCCCCAAGCACCAACAUUCCACAACAUAAUUCUCAUCAUUUCCGAGACACAUCCGCGGAUUCUUCCGAUAGUGAUGAAUUUUCGACCACACCUACCACACCAACCAGCACCUCCCCGGUCCUUGGCAUUCUCAAUAAUAACAAUCCACCAAAUUUGCAACGUCGUGCUUCCGAGUCAAUAGCCGAGGCGAUUCAAUUCAAAAAGUUACCAACCAGAAGGUACACUAUCCCUGGACGAAUGAAUCCUUUUGGAUUGAUCGGUGGUUCCGAGAACGGCAACAGGGUGAACAAAUUCUGGGAGGUCGGACGAGAAGAUUCAUCGGUUCAAGUCGCUAUGAAUAAAAGUCCGCAUAAUAUCGGUGAGGAAGACUGA